CACACAUACAGACACACACACACACACACACACACACACCCAGUACCAGUGCUCAUUUACUGGAUCUGCUCUUUGUUAUCAGAGCCUUUCCCUCCUCUGCUUUUUAUUUCAGGCGAGAGGGGGGGAGUUUGUUUUCCCCUUUUAACGGAUUGAUUUCUGACUGAAUCCGGGUCUGGUCUGUGUUCCUUCCUCGGGGCUGCCGCUGCAGGGACCAGAGCCGACGCUCCUAUGAAUGUAUUUACUGUGAAAUAAACUGGCGUAAAGGUCGGAACAAAGGGACGUUGAAGAUUUCUUUCUUUCUCUCUUUCUUUCUUUCUUUUUUUUUUUCUUUUUUCUUUCCCUUGCCCCCCAGAAGCCGGCCCGUCAAUCAUUUUUUCACCGCUGCAGUUGUCAACUUGGAGCCCUGCUGGGAAAUGGACAAACCCCUCUGAACAGAAGACGCCGCUCGCCUCAACAACACAACCACAGGACGUGAUUUGGACGAGGAUCCCCGGAGAAGAGCAAUAACCCAGAGGAACAUGUUUACUCCCCUGUUUCCCUGGUAACCGAGAGGAGCAUGCACGUCCAGGUCAGGAGUUAACCUCAGUGUUCGUCUCCUCUGCCUGCCUCCUGUGCGAAGUACACUACCCGCAAUUCCUCCGAACCGACGACCCAGUCCGACGUUUAGGUCAGUUUAACAAAGACACUCGGAGGAACAACAACUACACUAACAACACCUACGCUUCUGUGAAGAGGACCGACAUGGCCAACAACACAGCGGACCACCCUCCGGGGAAUUCAGUUGCCGAGGGCAACCACGAUGGGGACUUUGGGGUGGCCAUGACGGAUCUGAGGAGCCUGAUGGACCUGCGGAGCGCCGAGGCCGUCAACAAGAUACGGGACACGUACGGAGACGUGCAGGGCAUCUGCCGCCGCCUGAAAACGUCACCUAUAGAAGGUCUGUCUGGUAACCCCGUCGAUCUGGAGAAACGUCACACGGCGUUUGGGAGAAACUUCAUCCCCCCGAAGAAGCCCAAGACGUUCCUGCAGCUGGUGUGGGAGGCUCUGCAAGACGUCACGCUCAUAAUCCUGGAAAUCGCUGCAAUCAUCUCGCUGGGCCUGUCCUUCUACCAUCCACCAGGGGGCGACAGUGAAGCAUGUGGCCAGGUCUCAGGCGGCAUCGAGGACGAGGGCGAGUCCCAGGCUGGCUGGAUCGAGGGCGCCGCCAUCCUCUUCUCGGUCAUCAUCGUGGUCCUGGUGACGGCCUUCAACGACUGGUCCAAGGAGAAGCAGUUCCGUGGGCUGCAGAGUCGCAUCGAACAGGAACAAAAGUUCACCGUCAUCCGCAAAGGCCAGGUCAUCCAGAUCCCUGUGGCUGAGAUCGUGGUGGGAGACAUUGCUCAGAUCAAAUAUGGAGACCUGCUGCCUGCUGAUGGGAUCCUGAUCCAAGGCAACGACCUGAAAAUCGAUGAAAGCUCUCUGACUGGAGAAUCCGACCACGUCCGCAAGUCGCUGGAAAAGGACCCCAUGCUGCUGUCCGGAACCCACGUGAUGGAGGGAUCGGGCAGGAUGGUGGUGUCAGCGGUCGGCCUCAACUCUCAAACUGGCAUCAUCUUUACUCUCCUGGGCGCCAGUGAGAACGACGAAGAGAAGAAGGUCAAGAAAAGUAAAAAACAAGGACCCCCUGAAAAUCGCAACAAAGCCAAGACCCAGGACGGCAUUGCCCUGGAGAUCCAGCCACUGAAGAGCGAGGAAGCCGCUGAGUCGGAAGAGAAGGAGGAGAAAGAGGAGGCCAAACCGGUGAAGAAGGUCAACGUGACCAAGAAGGAGAAGUCGGUGCUGCAGGGCAAACUGACCAGACUGGCUGUACAGAUCGGGAAGGCUGGUCUGAUCAUGUCGGCUUUGACCGUCAUCAUCCUCAUCCUCUACUUUGUGAUCGACACCUUCGGGAUCCAGGGUCGGACCUGGGUGGCCGAGUGCACCCCCAUCUACAUCCAGUACUUUGUCAAGUUCUUCAUUAUUGGUGUGACAGUGCUGGUGGUGGCCGUUCCUGAGGGCCUGCCGCUCGCUGUGACCAUCUCUCUGGCCUACUCUGUCAAGAAAAUGAUGAAAGACAACAAUCUGGUGCGUCACCUGGAUGCCUGUGAGACCAUGGGCAACGCCACGGCCAUCUGUUCUGACAAGACAGGCACACUGACCAUGAACCGGAUGACGGUGGUGCAAGCUUACAUCGGCGACACACACUACAAAACUGUCCCUGAACCAGACGCCAUCAAACCAGAGACUCUCGAAAUUAUGGUCAACAGCAUCUCCAUCAACUCAGCGUACACCACCAAAAUCCUGCCUCCAGAGAAAGAAGGCGGCCUGCCCCGCCACGUGGGCAACAAGACCGAGUGUGCUCUGCUGGGCCUUGUGCUGGACCUGAAGAGGGACUACCAGCCAAUCAGAGACGAGAUCCCUGAAGAGAAACUCUACAAGGUUUACACCUUCAACUCCUCCCGCAAGUCCAUGAGCACAGUGCUGAAGAACGCCGAUGGAGGCUUCCGCAUGUACAGCAAAGGAGCGUCAGAGAUCAUCCUGAGGAAAUGCUCCCGUAUCUUGGACGCCCAGGGCCAGGCUCGCGGCUUCAAGCCAAAGGACCGUGAUGAGAUGGUGCGUAAAGUGAUCGAGCCGAUGGCUUGUGACGGGCUGAGGACCAUCUGCGUGGCCUACAGGGACUUUCCCGCUGAGGCCGGAGAGCCAGACUGGGACAACGAGAAUGACAUCCUGAAUGAGCUGACCUGCAUCGUCGUGGUCGGCAUCGAGGACCCCGUCAGACCUGAGGUACCGGAGGCCAUUUCUAAGUGCCAGCGUGCAGGCAUCACUGUGCGUAUGGUAACUGGAGAUAACAUCAACACCGCCCGCGCCAUUGCAACCAAGUGUGGCAUCCUGCUUCCUGGGGAGGACUUCCUGUGUCUGGAGGGCAAAGAGUUCAACCAGCAAAUCAGAAACGACAAGGGAGAGGUGGAACAAGAGCGUCUGGACAAAGUCUGGCCCAAACUGCGCGUUCUGGCUCGUUCCUCACCGACAGACAAACACACUCUGGUCAAAGGCAUUAUUGACAGCACGGUGGGUGAAACCCGACAGGUGGUGGCAGUGACAGGAGACGGCACCAACGACGGCCCCGCCCUCAAAAAAGCUGACGUUGGCUUUGCCAUGGGAAUCGCCGGCACUGAUGUGGCGAAGGAGGCGUCUGACAUCAUCCUGACCGAUGACAACUUUACCAGCAUCGUCAAGGCCGUCAUGUGGGGGAGAAACGUCUAUGACAGCAUCUCCAAGUUUUUACAGUUCCAGCUGACCGUUAACGUGGUGGCUGUGAUCGUGGCGUUCACCGGCGCCUGCAUCACACAGGAUUCUCCUUUGAAGGCCGUCCAGAUGCUCUGGGUGAAUCUCAUCAUGGACACUCUGGCAUCUCUUGCUCUGGCCACCGAGCCCCCCACCGAGUCUCUGCUGCUACGUAAACCUUACGGCCGCGACAAGCCGCUCAUCUCCAGGACCAUGAUGAAGAACAUCCUGGGCCACGGCGUGUACCAGCUCGUCAUCAUCUUCACCCUGCUCUUUGCCGGUGAGACGUUCUUCGACAUCGACAGCGGCCGCAACGCUCCCCUGCACUCGCCGCCGUCUGAGCACUACACCAUCGUGUUCAACGUGUUUGUCAUGAUGCAGCUCUUCAACGAAAUCAAUGCCAGGAAGAUCCACGGAGAGAGGAACGUGUUCGAGGGCAUCUACAGGAACCCCAUCUUCUGCAGCGUUGUACUGGGGACCUUCGCCCUGCAGAUCAUCAUCGUUCAGUUCGGAGGGAAGCCGUUCUCCUGCACGGCUCUGACCAUCGACCAGUGGCUGUGGUGUGUGUUCAUCGGUGUGGGAGAGCUGCUGUGGGGACAGCUGAUCUCAGCCAUCCCAACCCACCACCUGAAGUUCCUGAAGGAGGCAGGUCACGGCAUCACGAAGGAGGAGAUCCAUGAGGAGGAGCUUACGGAGGGCGCCGACGAGAUCGACCACGCCGAGAUGGAGCUGAGGAGGGGCCAGAUCCUCUGGUUCAGAGGUCUGAACCGCAUCCAGACGCAGAUUAAGGUGGUGAACGCGUUCCGUAGCUCCCUGUACGCGGGGCUGGAGAGCCCAGAGUCCCGUAGCUCCAUCCACAGCUUCAUGGCCCAUCCUGAGUUCGUCCCCCUGUCCGAGGAGGAGGCUCGCAUCACCCCCAUCGAAGAGACCGGAGACGAGAUCGACCCCCUCCCCAGCGCCUCUUUCGGGGCGAGCGGGGGAGGAGGAGAGCCCCCCAGCGCCUCCCCCCAGAGCCGCGAGUCAUCCAUCUGAGCUCCUCCUCCCUCCUUCUCCUCCUCCCUCCUCUUCAUCAGCGUCAUGUGUCAUCCCAUCAACUGAACUGUCGCACUGAGGAGGGAAGUCAUCGCUCUGCUCGUCCCCUCAUUCUCCCCAUGCUUCACAUCGUCUUCACCCCCCCUCAGUCAUUCCUGCCACGUUGUGUUUUUCAUAUUGACUGUGGCGUUGUUCUGCCUGUAAGUCUGUCCCUCCACCACCACCACCACCACCACACACACAAAUCAGUAGAGGGUGGAAUCCAGAGUCUCCACAGUGGAAGGCCUGUCCUUUUGUCCAUUCAUGUAUAUUUUUUACUUGAUGAUCCUUUUGACGAGCUUUUUUGUUGGGUUCGAUCUUUGCGGGACUCACAACAGCAUGUCGUGCUCCGUACUCGCUUCAUUCCCGCUUAACGCUCUCAAAAACGGCACAAAACAUUUCAAAGAGUGCAGUGAUUCUCAUGUACAUACGCUUCCGCUCCUCCACACAGCUAACAGCCGGGUUUGAUGAUCAGAAGAUUUUUAGGCAAAUGCAAAAGUGUAACCUUUUUUUCUUUUCUUUUUUUUUCUUUUAGAUGUUGAACAUUUGUUUGUUUUUAAAACUUCCAUCGAAUGUUAUUGAUGGUCGAUUCAAACUUCUGAGAAUGUCUUGUGAGUGUGACACUACAGUCUUCAAGGUUCACCUGUUAAAAAAAUGUUCAUCCCUUUAUCGUGUCUGUAUGUGUUGGUUUUUCUUUUUAGCUGCGGUGUUGCAUGUGGAAAGACAGAAUGUUUACUACCCAAAAAUAUCGAACAUGGCAGCGUCCAGAGAGGGCUUGCGUUCUGCUCAGUGAGAGUCUGACCUCAUCUCAUCCAGUCAGGGUCCUGGUUCUCUCUGCCCCUCGCCCAGUAUGUCCACAGUGUCGAUAGGAAACAGCAGUGUGGAUCAUGUUCCCCUUCUAGUAGGAUGCAUGUUACGUUUUGUUCGUGUUGAGUCGCAUGAUAACUUAGGAAUGAAUAUUUGGGAUUCUGUUUAGACAGCCAUCUUUGUGUUAGUAUGCAGCAGCGUCUGUUCAGAGCUCCACGAACGUCCUGUCCGUAGGACUGAACAUCCCUGUCACCGCGACAGGACAUAAACAGACUCGUCAAUACCCAGCUAACAUAGAGGAAGCUGCUGUUAUACGUGACAGCAGGACAGUGGGUGUCUCCGGACACUUGUAGGCAAGUGCAAUCUGCAUACUCUCCGUGUGGUCCUGCACACGCGGGGUUGCGAGGUGCCAGAACACAUCCCGGCUCACAUUGGGCGAAAGAUGGGUGCGCCCCAGUCUGCUCUGGUCCUCUUCUCGUGGUGCAACAGUGCACUGAAUUCGGCGCUAGUUUCCGUUCAUUUAGGUCAACAAAUACACUGACAGAAACUAAUCCAAAAUACUUUGGGGAUGAGGAUUAUCAUUAAUUCUCCAUCACAGUCUCAAACACAAAUUUUGUGGCAUUCUUAUUACAUUCCUAUUUGUCUCUUCAUCUCUUUGGCAUCUCCCCCCUGAUACGAUCUUAUUAGAUAAGACCCACCCUCUUGAAGUUUGGCCACCAACCAGAAAUGACAAAAGCCAACCUGUGACCGUGACACGGUGAGGGGGUCACACUAACCACCGCCCCACCGCUCCUUCCCUGUAGAACUCUGCAGAUCACAUGGAAGAGACUCACAGCAGCGUGGAAAGUUGGCUGUUGUUUUCACCGCGCUUACACGGUGUCAAAGUCAGUAAAUAUAUUGGGCUCACAUCGUUCAGGUUUGGACUCCCCAGCCGGAACACUGCUGCCAGAGGAUGAGAUGUAUUCCUACUGCAGCCUUAUUUAUUCAACUAUCCAUUUUCCGCCGCUUAUCUAGGUCGGCGUUGCAGUGACACCACGCGAGGUAGCCCCAGCCCACAGCAGCCAGGGUUGUCCUCCCAGUUGGACGUGUCCAGAGUACGUUCACAGGGAAGCUUCCUGAUCAGACGAUAAACCACCUCAACAUCGAGGAGCAGCAGGUCUCCCUAUAAGCUCUUCCUGCAUUUCUGAGCUCCUCUCCCUGUCCAUGAGGCUGAGCCCAGACACCCCGCAGAGGAAGCUCGUUUCAGCUGCUUGUAUUUGCAGUCUCCUUCUUUGAGCCAGAGCUCAUGACUAUAGGUGAAGGUCUGAACGUAGAUGGACUGGUAAAUCAAGGGUCAGUUCCCUCUUCACCACCUCAGUUCUAUACAGUGUCCAAAUUACUGCAGGCGCUCCAGCUCACCCUCGAUCUUGAGUUGCAACAACUCUGACUGAUCUCAAAACCUAACAGCAACUCCAGUCGCGUCCGCUUGCGUCUUUCCUUUGACUUUAAAUGUCGUCCCACCACCUCUAAAACUUGAUUUAAGAGCGCGCAUUAAAACAGGAAGGACUGCGGUAUCGAUUAGUCUGUUUUGCAUCACAGUGAGAGUUCAGCUCAACAGACAGGAAGUUAAUGGAUCUCUGAACAGUUUCUGGAGGUCUGUCUGUGUUUAAGAUAAAUCAUAGUACCACUUCUGAUGUUUACUUUGUUUGUCAGAUUUUACUAACAGAAACUAAAUCAGAUGUCAGUGACGUCCCGCAGCCAGCAGCAGAGGAGGUGAUUGAUCAUCGUCAUCCCUCCCCGCCCUGCUGUGUUUGAUUAACAGACAUUAGUGUAGCGGCCACGCUGAGGUUUAUGGGAAACUGAUGAUUUCAGCCUGUAGAGUUAAAUCCAAUGUGUGUCCCUGCUGCCGCUCAGUACUUCCUGCCUGCCACUGUCUGCAGAUUACUGUCUUAAAAGAAGAAGGAAUCAUCUUCCAAUCAGAAGCAGCGAUGCGUCUAAUCCCCUUUUAGUCUGAAUAGCAGCCAUCAACCGAUCUAUGAACUAGGACACGUUAUUGAAGUAAUGUGCUACUACUGCCAUAUUUCCAACGUUUUGUCAUGACUAGGUUCUUCCUCUCCCCUCUGAUGAGCUUUUUCUAUGUAACUCAGAGCCAUAUUUUAUAGGUUGUCUGUAUUGUUUUUUAUCUCAUUGUUAUCGAGGUUUCCUUUGGACUUUCUCACCCCUUGACCCCCUUAACCCCCCUUCCCCCCCGGCCCUUUACUCCAAACAUGACCAAAAAAUAAGGAGAAAAUCUUCAGUCGUCACUGCCGAACCAAGUUUAAAGGACCUCUACAAUGUUUACAUGAAAAGCGAGUGGCUGGCAGUUCGCCUGCGCUUCUCUCAUCCGACCACUUCCCUUUCAUUCCCUUGCUUUCCUGAAUCUUAGAGUUACUAUUUAACUAAAUGGGGAAUCUUUCUUGCAUGAUUUUCAUAUAAAAUUCAAUGUUUUGCUCAUUUUUUACAAUUCUUCUGUAUUUUUAUAUUAAGUACUUUUUAAUAUUUUGGAGAUAUAUGAAUAUAUAUGUAUAGGCUGAAGAGUUUGGUGACAGUACAGUACAUGAAUGAGAUGAAUCUACCGUGGACUCUGUCUUUUUACAGCUCUCUAAAUAUUUAUGCCACGUGUGUCGUCUUGGUCACCUGAUGUUAGGGCUCAGAAACCUGCAGUGACUUGUUUACUUCCUGUUGGCCGUUCAAUUGGAAUCUCAACAAUCUAGUCUCAUCAGCCCCCUUUUACAUGAGUAUAUCCACUUUAUCUAAGAUGUUGUGACACACUACACGCUAUGUGACUUAGCAGUUAUCCAACUCCAUUAGAGUUCAGCAAAUGCAACGUGAAUACAGCUAACUGUAUCAAACAUUAAAUGGGAGUGUAUAAUUAUUUAUCCGACCUCUGGGUUUCUUUGGGUUUUUUUUUUUAAGCUACCACACCUGAUUUCUUUGAAUGAGUGGAUUGAUGCUGUUUUCCAACUGGCUGCUGUCAGAGCUGACGACUUUAACGAGGAUCAAAGCUGUGUCCCACCUCAGGCCCCCGCCUCCUUCAAAUGGGCGUGUCCUCUGAAGACAUGUCAUCACCUCAGACAGACCCAAAACCGGGAAAGUAACUUCACGACCAAGGCAGAGUCAGCCCAAAUCGUAAAACGAACCAAUGAGUUGUUUCGGCCCCCCCAGCCUAGAGGUUUCUGACACAGACCCAUGAAAAAAACCUACCUGCACCAGAUGUGAAUAAAUCAGACUUUUUUUUUUUUUUUUUCAAAAAAACAGACCCGGGCCUUUUUCUCUAAAAGCAUCUUUAUUUAUGCUCGGCGCAGUGUCCCCAGAAUGAGCGCCACGAGUUGCACCUCUUGCGUUGAGAGCAAGUCAUCGCAGUCUCUAUGAACCUUCAGUCAAAUGGCAUUAACCUCAUGGAAAAAGUUUUUUUUUUCUGUUUAAUAGCCAUAAACACUAAUUCGUCCGCACCACCAAGGAGCUGUAGAGCGGAGUGCGCAGCCAUGUUUGGUCGAUAAUGUUCGUCUGGUAACACUUUACUUCUUGCUUCUUCACAGAAUGCUACGUUUACACGCUCCCUGGUGUUUUGGAGAAUACUGCGAUGGGGAACACGUUGAGCGUAAACGCUUCGGUGCAUGCUUGUAGCUCAUGUGCCGACUGCAGAGGCCCAGGCCACGGUGUCUUGCUUGAGUAUAAACAAACCUUAAGGCUAAAAUUAUCUUGAUCCCAUCGUACGUCUAUGAGCCUUGGCUCGAAAGGGACUCAAAGACAGCUAGACCUCGUCUGAACAAGUCAGAGGGUGAUUGAAACUUGUCUGAUCCUAAAAAACUGAUCCAAGACCGGGGGCAAUAGAGAAGGGCCCUACCCAACCCAAUUAGACUGAAUCUAAUUUGAACCCAGCCUGACUGGAUCCCAGGUCAGAUCAUAGUUGCUAGACGCCGAUUGGUUCCUCUGUUAAUUUAUUUGGAGUAAUUUCAGUAUUUGAAGUUAGGAUUUAUUAACUGUGACCAGCAGCUAUAAUACCUUUACAAAUAUUUGGGGUUGCUCACAAAAUCAAGAGGAGUUUUUAUAUUUGUUCCCUCAACGAUGAUUCUACACAGAACAGGUUUUGUUCGUUUUAAAUGUAUUUUCUUUCAGUAAUUUAAUCAUCAAAAACUGUAGUAACUGUUGUUGUACAUGUUGCAUACUGGGGUGUGAGGGGGGUUGGGGGGGCAGUCUAAUCAUGACUAGGACCCCAAAAAUGCUCAGGCUGGCCCUGGACCACAGGUUGUGUCAUCGAAAUUCAGGCCAAAGAAGGAAAAGACGCCACCUUUCUCAGCUUCAUUCCCGAUUUCUAAUUUGAUCAUGAAAUUUGGACAGUCAAGGAGGUGGGGCCCGUGACAGGACACAGCUGUAGAUAUCAUCACCAUUUUUAUACGAGUAACAUUUCAUCCCGGGACAAGAGCAGGACUGUCAAAGCGCUUGUGACAGCACUUCCUCUACUGGCAGUGUGUCCUGUAAAUGAGACACACCCUCCAAACAACGACGCGUUUCCUCUUUGUUUUUGUUCUACUGCUGAAUCUGACAGAUCACCUGUGCUCCUGCAGUCAGUGCAAUGUAAAUAUUGUCAUAUAAGUGAAUGAAAUGUACCUGCUGUGUGUGUCAGUGACAGGAAAUGGGAGAGGGGGCAAUCAGCCAAUCAUCACCCAGCAAAGCUUUAGGAGUGUUCCGCCAAAGUCGUUUUCUCAUUUCUUUUCUUCUUCUGCACAAGUUUGUUUAGACAGUUUGUGGGCACAUGACCCCCUCUCCUCCAUCCCCCCCUUGCCCCCCACCGCCUGGAUAAGAUUGUCCCUGUGCUCUCGCCAUGGCCUCGGUGUGGCUGUGGUGGUCAUCUGUUGGACUGGUUUGACUGGUUGCCCUCACGUCUCAUGCCAGGUGAACGGUACAGGCCCGCCAUCAGACACACUCCAGAUCUGUUUGUGCCUCUGGUUUCAGCCACGUCACAAAUAAAAACAGUCGGGGACGAGACAGGACGAGUCUCAGCGGCGGACUGAAAGUCUUCACCUGGUUUUAGUUUUUUCCGAAGGUUCAUUCUUGGAGUGUAUAAGAUCUCGGUUUUGCCACAGUUUUCCACUAGGACAUCUGUAUGGAGAGGGAACUCGCUUCUUAUCCAGUCACUGUUGCGUUUUGACUGCGUUGCUUCCUCUUCAGAGCGCUGCCUUUCUAAAGAACAGCUUCCUGUAGUUGGAUAAUAAAGGAAAUCUCUGGAGAACCUUCACAACCACUUCAAAAUUCACGAAUAAAAAAAAUGGUUCAAACGAACUGGAAUAUCACAGCUGGAAAAGUCAUAACCACUCAAAAUAUAUCUCUAUAUAUUUAUAUAAUGUAUCUAUGUAUUUAUAUCUAAUAUAUGUAUAUUAGAUAUAAAUACAUAGAUAUAUAUAUGGUUUCUCAGUUGAACUUCAUUGCAAAAAAGACUGAAAAAUAUUUGUUUUCUGUAAUUACUAUGAUACACAGUAAUAGGCGUUGGUGUUAUUUUUGUAUAAACAUAAUAUCAUCUAUGUGGCAUGCAUGACAUAUAUACAAAUUGGUGGUUUAAAGCAAUAUGUCCAACCUGGUGCGAUUGGUUCCGUCGUGUUCUGUGUAGCCUAAAGCCACUCUGUAGGAAAAGAGAUUAAAAAAAAAAAAGAGUAACUGCAUUUGGAUAAAACUAAUUGUUCAGUAUAUGUGUUAUAUGUUCUGUGUUCUGCAUGUUUUAGUAUGGAAUGAAACAUCCCCAAAUGUUGACUUGUUUUCCAAAUGAAUCUCAAAUACAUGCCCUAGACACAUGCAACAUCUCACACACACGCACACGCACACACACACACACACACACACACACACAGACACAGACACACAUGUAUUUGCACUGUGAGGUGAAACACACUGAGGAAAUUAAAACUGUGUGACUUCUGAUGGAUGGAUUAAUGAAAGAUGUAGAUUCUU